GUUUCUCUCAAUUGUUUCUCGUGAGGUUGCGGGUGUCUACAGCAGCAUUCAACUGCCUCUUUUUGCUCCUUCAUAUCCUGUGUUGACGUGGGAGCUCAUCCUUCAACCGCUGCCCCGCAUUGCAGUAAAUUGCAAUUCUUCCCCGGAAAGGCUCCCUUUCCAAUUCCCUCUAGAAUCAAUUGAACCAGACCAGCCGACACCAUGGUUAAGAUCUUGAGUUUUACCACACGGGACGUGAGGUUUCCUACCUCCCUCGAUAAGACCGGCUCCGAUGCUAUGAACGCAGCAGGCGACUACUCCGCCGCCUACUGCAUUAUUCACACCGACUCCGAGCACGCUGGACACGGCAUGACCUUCACCAUUGGCCGCGGAAACGAAAUCGUCGCCGCAGCCAUCUCCCUCCUCGCUCCUCUCGUGGUUGGAAAAGACCUUGACGAACUUACCGCCGACUGGGGCAAGACCUGGCGUUACCUUGUCUCCGACAGUCAGCUCCGCUGGAUUGGCCCCGAAAAGGGUGUCAUCCACCUGGCCCUCGGAGCCGUCGUCAACGCUCUUUGGGAUCUUUGGGCUAAGACCCUUAACAAGCCUGUCUGGCGCAUCGUUGCGGACAUGACUCCUGAGGAGUUUGUCCGUUGCAUUGACUUCCGUUACAUCACGGACGCCAUCACACCUGAAGAGGCAAUCUCCCUCCUUAAGGAGGUUGAGUCGGGCAAGCAGGACCGUAUCAAGGAGGCAGAACAGAGCCAGGCUGUCCCGGCUUACACUACCAGUGCCGGCUGGCUCGGAUACGGUGAAGAUAAGCUUAAGACUCUUCUGAAGGAGAGCGUGGAGCAGGGAUACAAGCACUUCAAGCUGAAGGUUGGUGGAAAUGUCGAGGAGGACAGGAGGAGACUGGCCAUUGCCCGUGAAGCUAUCGGAUACGAUAGGGGCAACAUCCUCAUGGUUGAUGCGAACCAGGUCUGGUCCGUCCCCGAAGCCAUCACAUGGAUGCAACAACUUGCCGAAUUCAAGCCCUGGUUCAUUGAGGAGCCCACCUCCCCCGACGAUAUCCUCGGCCACGCAGCCAUAAAGAAGGCUCUCCAAGAUACCCCCUACGGCCCUAUCGGCGUCGCCACUGGUGAAAUGUGCCAGAACCGUGUUGUCUUCAAGCAGCUUCUGCAGGCAGGAGCUCUGACCGUCCUUCAGGCCGAUGCGUGCCGUGUAGGUGGUGUCAACGAGGUUCUUGCUAUCCUCCUUCUCGCUCGUAAGUUCGGUGUGCCGAUUGUGCCUCACUCUGGUGGUGUUGGAUUGCCCGAAUACACACAGCACUUGAGCACAAUCGAUUACGUGGUUGUGAGCGGAAAGAAGAGUGUGCUGGAAUAUGUGGAUCACCUGCACGAGCACUUCGUACACCCGUCGAGUGUCAAGGAUGGAUACUAUGUUACUCCCCUAGAGCCGGGUUACAGUGUGGAGAUGAAGCCGGAGAGCAUGGAUGAGUUUUCGUUCCCGGGUGAGGAGGGCAAGAGUUGGUGGAGGACAGAGGCGGCCAAGCCGAUUCUGGAGGGUCCCCGGAUAUGAGAGGUUGAUGGAUGGUCUGUAUAUAUGUGAUACGAGUUCUUAUGUAGAAAGCUUUAGAAUUUCAUGAGCUGCUUUGAUGACAGUGCAUCUAA